AUGGAUGUGAUAAUGGCAAAUGGCCAUGGCUCUACGGAGACUUUUACCCGUGGACGAGACCUUGUCAAGACCGUACGAUCACUCGACCAGACCGGACCAGGAAAUGAUGGUGAACAUAUUGAGCGCGCCUGGGCUCUUCUCACCUCCGUCAGUUCCAGUCACUUCUACGCCGCCGAGGAGACUGUGCUGCGAUGGCUUCUCAAGUCCAUGAAGACGAACAACGAUGCCGCCGACACUCUGCGAAGAUUUCCCUUGACAUGGCGGAUCCUGGGCUGCACAUUUCAAAGGAUACCUCUAUUCUCUCUCGCGAAAUCUCUCGCCGAUAGAAAGUUUAUGGCCAUCUUGCAACAGACUCUCAAGAGCAUCUCGAAACCGGUCACACCCAAGGAUGCUGUCCCCGCGCCAUCGUCGAAGAAGAGGAAGAGAACACCCGAGGUUAUAUUCGAUCUCGAAGCUUUGAAGACACGGGACGGCUGUAUAAGCACGGGAGACGCGGUUCUGGGAGCGCUCCGAAUCCUUCUAGCUCGUGUUGAUGGAGCCGCACAUACAUCCCAGAAUGAACGCAUGGGCGCGGAACACAUCAAGGGUCUCUUCUCGCAACCUGCCAGUGAUGUGGUAACCUACCUGGCCCCCAUCCUUUCGCUGUGCGAAUACUCAGCUACCAGCGACCUGAGCUGCGCCGAAACGCAAGAGAAUUGGAUUCACACACUGUCCGCGAUAUGGAACCUGCGACUACAAGGGCAGGCCGAUAGCUUGGAGGUAGCUCUCUACCUUUCGCGAUCUGCCUUUGGCCUUCUGGGAAAGCUGACUGGGCUGGCAAUCGAUGUCGACAUCACACUUGAGGACCAUGUCAAGUCUUCUUGGGUACAACAACUAGAGAGCUUCAUGCAUCGCAAUCUUUUCCUUCCUGCAAAAUCGGCUUUUCUUAAUCGAAAGGACCUCGAAGCACCCAUCCGGGCAGUUGAUAUCUCUAGACCUAUCGCCUCAGUCGCGGGCCCCGUGUUCUUUCACUUGGCGUCCACAACACCCCGGAUUCUCUCCGGGCCAAGCGCAUCGACGUCUGAAGAGGACUGGGCCAAGGCAACAUUCAAGUUGGCGCGCGACAGCUUGGCCGACCUGACCCCACAGAAGAAAUCCACGACUCUGAAGAUCAUGCUUGGCGAAGCAAUUGCCAACAGGUCAAAUAUUGACUUAGCAGAUCUUCGCGCCCUGUGCAAGGACCACGCUCUCGGCAGCGAUUCCACAGACUGGCAGGCCUUGUCACUCGUGGCACAGUGCGACCCCGAUGUUUUCCUUCUUACGGACGAUGGGGCUCUAUUGUUGAACACGGUUGCGGACCGGCUGCUGCAACCACAAUCUUCCCUAGGCGGUGAAGAAGAUCUAGAGGCUGUGCUGCAAUUGAGGCUCUUCGAUCUCAUGCAGGAUGCUUGGCUGUCAGAUACUCUGCCUUCGGACCUCCUCGCUCUUCGCUGGCCAAUCAUCGCGAGCACGGUUUCCUGGGUCAACAAUGAGGCGGCUUCCAAGAUUCGAUCGAAGGUGCAGUCCGAACUCAAGAAGACCUUGGCCAAGGGCAAGCUGGAAAAGCCCGACACGUUCGAGGCUUUCCGCGCCGCCACUCAGCUUUGGCUGUCAGCCUUCCCAGAUGGCGAGGAUGUAGCGGAGCUUGCUGCACUACUCGGAUCUUUCGCCGACCGAUUAGCCAAGCAACUUCGAAAGCUAAAGCCAGCGUCCCUCGAAAUACCAUGGGACCCGUUUGGUGUCCAGCUUUCAACACCGGAGACUAGGCCAACCACAUCCUCUGUUACGAUUACGUCCUAUGUGGACUUUGCCUUGGGAGAAGCGUCACGGUUCCUGCCUCUUGUUAGCGAAAACGCCGACACAUUACCAGAGUUUUUGCGGCAUAUCAUUGCCUUUUCCGAUGACAAAGAAGCCGCGCCACAAGAGUCAAAGCAGCUGUCAAGUGCUCUGAGUGCUGUGCUCUCGAACGAAAACGUGUUCCACGAGGCCAGACUCACAACGAAAGUCAUCGACCACGUCAUCGAGGCCUUGACCUGUGGUUCGAAGUCCUCCCCCUGGGAAGAUGCAAGCACAAGCGCAGCGCUCAAAGCCCUGAUCAACACACCCAACGAGUUGCUUUCGAGAGCCCAGCGAGAGAGAAUCAUGGAGACGCUCAUGCUGCAACGUCGCAAGAUGAAGAGCAAGACUGAAAAGGUGUCAGCCUCUACAUGGAAUCUCGUCCUCGGUCUGAUGGUCAAGGUGAUGCAGAGGUCGACAUUCUACGAAGGCAUGUCAUUUUCUGAUCUCACAGCCCUCGCCACAAGCGCAUCCCCCGCUAUAGCCGACAUGGACCCAAAGACCGCGCUUGGCACAUCUCGCUUGAUCUGCGAGCUCACUGGUCAAGGUCUGUCGGGUUCCGGCAACUUUGAAGGCGACGAUGCUUCGCUCGACCUUUCCGACGUCCGUGGACGUCUUGCGACCAUUGUCAAGGGUAUCCUUGACGCGUAUGCUCGCGAGUGGCGCUCUUCCAACGACCGGGCAGCUGUUAACAAGCUCCUCGUCGCCAUCGAUGCCGCCGAAGGACUUCCAAGCGACGCAUUGGAAGGGCUGAAGAUUGACAUCAAGGCGCUCGAGGAGGCAAGCGCCGACGCCGUGUCUCAGGGAUAUCUUCGUGGAUGGCAUCUCAGGACCUUCCUCAUCGGCAACUUUGCGCCUCUGCUUGCUCAGCCGCGGCCAACUGACUUCCGCCUGCUGUUCCAGUCUGAUGACGCGAGCGAGGGGACGGGCAGCAUCCCUGACGUGGUAUCGGCAAGCAGCUCACGCGAGACGACAAAUGCGUGCGUCGACGCCAUCGUCCGUCGGAUGGGACGCAGCGAGAAGCUGCAGUACCUCGAGAGCCUGCUCGAGGAGCUCGACGAAGGACAGGCCGUGGAUGGACAGCUCCUGGCUAUCCACCAAGUUGUCGUUCGCCUGACCGCUCACCGCGCGGCUGGGCCAAGACGACGUCAGCCCCGCGCGUUCUGCCGGACCGCCGACGUCGUCCGCCUGCUUCUCGACCAGCGUGCCACUUUGAUGACGCAAUGGAACAUUGAGACGACGCUCGGCGCUGUUUCCGUCAUGGCCUCCGGCAGAGGCGGCGUGGCCGUGUCGUCGUCGCCGCGCGUCUACGAAGCCCUCUGCAGCCUCGUGAGCGUCGUGAUCCGGCGCCACCGCCUCCGCCUCGAGGACCACUACCACAUCCUCCUGUCGACGCUCGAGGCGCUGCUGCGCGCGCUCGUCCACGAUGCCAGCAAGGGCGCGGCGGCGACGCUCGGCAGCCGGCACGCGACGCUGUACGGCCGGCUCGUGACGCUCGUGACGGAGCCGUCGGUGGCGUCCGUGUCGCGGGCGCAGCACGUCGGCGCGCUCGACUCGGCGACGGACGCGGCCAAGAAGACGGCCCGGACGGCACGUGUACCUCGUGCUCAUGCAGUCCGGAAGAUUCUCAACGACGCCAUGGACGCCAGCGGCAGGGCGAUUCUGCGCGAGAUGUUUAAGCGGUACACGCAGUUUGGCAAGUGGAGCGGCGUGUAG